UGCUCCAAUCGUCGAAGAAUAUGGCGGCUGUCGCGUUUGGUGUUUUUGGGGUGUGAUCUUGUGUUAGCAUUCAAGUGGUGAGGUUUUUGUUUUAGAGUAAUUUUUUUAAAUGCUGUAACCUCUUGCGGUCACAGUGGUCAUGCCAGUCUACGAAGGAAUCAGUAUAGUCGCCGAAAAGAACUCGAUAAUUUUCGAUUUUGGCCGAGCUUAUACCAAGUGUGGAUACGCACGUGAACCUAGUCCGAGAUGGAUCGUGCCAAGCAGUGUCCCUAUCCCCAAUACGGAUCAGGUUCAAGGCAUAUGGAACUACUGGGGCCAAGAAGAUCUUACUGCGAUGUUGAAGGACUUUUUCUACACACUCUAUUUCAAGUACCUCUCCGUGAAUCCGAAGGAUCGCCGAGUGGUGGUGGCGGAGUCUGUCCUGUGCCCCACAUUGUUCCGAAACACGGUUGCACAGGUGCUCUUCGAGCACUUUGAGGUUCCAGCGAUAGUCUUUGUUCCUUCCCACCUGAUGGCGCUGUACACGCUCGGCAUCAACACGGCCCUCGUUUUGGACUCCGGAUACUACGAGAGCGUUGCUCUGCCCAUCUACGAGGGUGUCUGCAUCCUCAGUGCUUGGCAGGCCAUCCCCCUUGGUGGCUUGGCCAUCCACAGGAGGAUCGAGGUGGAGCUGAUGGAGUCGGCCAAAGUGAGCGGACCAACCCCUGGAGACUUCACUCUCGGAGAAAUCUUGUCCGAGCCUAUGAAAGAGAGUGUUCUGGAAGAUGUUAAAGUGCGCACCUGCUUUGUGACUAAAAUGGACCGGGGACAUCAACUACAAGUCUGGGGUUUCGCUCGGAGCCACGGAGCUGAGAACGUUCCGGAGCCGCCCAAGCCUCCGCCGGAUGUCCAGUACCCGCUAGAAGGGGACAAGAUCCUCACCAUUCCGGGAUUCGUAAGAGAGUAUGCAGCCGAGAUACUUUUUGAGCUGGACGGAGACAUGAAGUCCAUUGCCACGCUUCUUCUGGAUUCCAUCCUGAAGGCUCCAAUGGACGCGAGGAAGGCGCUGUCGCAGAACAUUGUGGUCAUGGGCGGUACGUCCAUGAUGCCCGGCUUCAAGCACCGGCUGGCGGUGGAGCUCAAGCAGCUGGUUAGGGACCCCACGUACGCCCGCAAGAUGAACCUCAGUUCCUUCCUGUUCCACUCACCCCCCUGCAAGGAGAACUACACUGCCUGGCUCGGAGCGUCCAUCUACGGAGCCACGGAUGCGGUGCACAGCCAGUGCAUCACGAGGGACCAGUUUCAGCAGAAUGGCUGUCACAUUCCGGACUGGUCGGACCAAGCAUGGCACGCGGCGUCCGGGAAGUCUGUGUGACCAGAGCCUCUUGGUCACUGGACGCUGGGGUGUGGCCGAGGCCACCUAGGAGACAAGGCCUGCUCGUUACGUCAUCGUUAAUGAAUCCCCGAGCUACGAACACGCUGAAGCUCGACCAGAGCGGCUGACGCGUGCUUCUUGGCAUCGCCGCGUGAAAGCGUCGCCAUCGUUAUGAGACGCUGCAAGACGCGUUGGCGUAAGGGACUUGAUGCUGGCGGCGACGCUGAAGCGAACUCUACAGCGCUGCGUGGAACCACUAGUGGGGACGUUUUGGGGAAAGGCCUUGCCUUCUAGGUGGUAUCGGUGUGGUCCGCCUCUUGUCCGCUGGAACAGCAGGAAGACUGCCCGGCUCCUCAAGUCCUGCCAGACCUCGGGCUCUUCAACGGACACUGAGAGUUUUACGAGCCUUUUAAUUUAUUCCAUUUUUAUUUCUGCUGUGAAGAAUGGAGGUGUUCUUUGUUUUCUCUCUGUUUUCUGCAGCUGUGUUGUGGGGUGAGUGCUGUGAAAGGGAAUAAAAUCGAUUUUAUUUGACCA